CAGUCUUCCCUACCUAUAUUUCCUACUUCCCAACCUGCCAUGCGGCCGAUCCCGCGAAAUCUCCGAGGUUCUCGAGCAAAAUUUUUGUGACAAUUUCGGCAUUCUUUUAUCAAUUGGAUUGCGGAACGGGGGUUUCUGUGGACUGAAAAGUUCGAUGUUUGCAACUGAUUUGAACUAGAAUGGAUAUUGGUGCUCUAUGCUAUGAUCAUACUGUUUUGUAUAGGCUAUUUUGAUUGUUCAUUUAAAGACUUUGUUUGAUUGGCUAGAUGAAGGAAAAAGAUAGGCCUGAUUUAUAUAGUGGUCUAAUGACCGAGAAUGCCUUGGCGGUCCAUGAACUAAUGAGCAGUAACUCAUUGGCAGUUCAGGAAUUAAUUUGCGGCAACUCCAUGGUAGUUCAGGAACAUAGUUUGGUUUCCACAGACCAUUCUCUAAUUGUUGGGCAGGAGUUCCCUGAUGUUGAAACUUGCAGGAGGGUACUAAAAGAUAUUGCAAUUGCUCUUCAUUUUGAUCUUCGUAUUGUGAAAUCUGAUCGUAGUAGAUUCAUUGCUAAAUGUGCCAAGGAAGGAUGUCCUUGGAGGAUUCAUGUAGCCAAGUGUAAUGGUGGUCCUACUUUUUCAAUAAGAACAUUGCAUGGAGAACAUACUUGUGAAGGUGUUCACAACUUUCAUCAUCAGCAAGCAACUGUUGGAUGGGUUGCUAGAUCUGUGGAGGCUAGAGUUAGAGAUAAUCCACAGUAUAAACCCAAGGAAAUACUGCAGGACAUACGUGAACAGCAUGGUGUAGCAGUUUCUUAUAUGCAAGCAUGGCGUGGGAAAGAACGGAGUCUUGCUGCAGUACAUGGUACCUUUGAGGAUGGGUAUCGUCUUCUUCCUGCAUAUUGCGAACAGAUACGAAAAACAAAUCCAGGAAGUAUAGCGCUAGUUUAUGCAACAGGUCAAGAGAACUGCUUCCAUCGGCUCUUUAUUUCGUAUCGUGCAUCAGUAUAUGGUUUUUUGCAUGCUUGCAGGCCACUUCUUGAACUUGAUAGAGCAUAUCUUAAAGGGAAAUAUCUUGGGACAUUAUUCUGUGCUUCAGCUCUAGACGCUGAUGAUACUCUGUUUCCUCUUGCUUUUGCCAUCGUUGAUGUGGAGAGUGAUGAAAACUGGAUGUGGUUUCUGUCAGAAUUGAGAAAGCUUCUUGGAAUAAACACAGACAAGAUGCCAGUACUUACAAUAUUGUCAGAGAGACAUCCUUCAAUUGUGGAGGCAGUUGAAACUCACUUCCCCAGUGCUUUUCACGGCUUUUGUUUGCGUUUUGUUAGCGAGAGCUUCCGUGAGGAGUUUAAAAAUACAAAACUUGUUAACCUCUUUUGGAAUGCUGUUUAUUCCCUUACCAGUGCUGAAUUUGAAGCAAAGGUGGCUGAGAUGAUGGAAGUUCAAGAUGUCAUGCCUUGGUUUCGUCAAUUCCCUCCUAUCCUUUGGGCUGUUGCAUACUUUGAGGGUGUUCGCUAUGGCCAUUUAACUUUAGGGAUUACAGAAGUAUUGUAUAACUGGGCCCUUGAAGGGCAUGAGUUGCCAAUAGUACAGCUAAUGGAACAUAUCCGUAAUCAGUUAACAAUUUGGUUUGUUGAGCGCCAGAAUCUGGGCUCAUCAUGGACAUCAAUUCUUGUUCCAUCUGCUGAGAAGAUUAUUUUGGAAGCAAUUGCUGACUCCCAUUGCUACCAAGUUCUCCGAGCAAAUAAAGUUGAAUUUGAAAUUGUGUCAUCAGAGCGAACAAAUAUUGUUGACAUACAAAGACAUUGCUGCUCAUGCCGGCGCUGGCAAAUCUAUGGCAUACCCUGUGCACAUGCUGCUGCUGCACUCCUAUCUUGUGGUGAAGAUGUUCGCCAUUAUGCUCGAGAGUGUUUUAGCGUCAACAAAUAUCUUGAGGCCUACUCACAGAGCAUAUAUCCUCCACCAGACAGAACCCACUGGAAUGAAUUUGGUGAUGGAGCUGAAGUCGGUGGCCGUAAAGCUGAUGUCAUCAUUCGUCCACCUAAGACACGUCGUCCACCUGGUCGUCCUAAAAAGAAAGUUCUUCGAAUAGAAAGUUUAAAGAGACCAAAGAAGGUUGUGCAAUGUGGCCGCUGCCAUCUUCUAGGUCAUUCUCAAAAGAAAUGUUCAAUGCAAAUUUAAACCUUGCAUGGUCGCUGUUCAGCUGUAAAUCGAAGCACAGCCUUAAGGCGAUACACAUGGAUGCUUAUGAGCAAAAGGGUUGCUUGUUGCUUGGUCAGUUUAUUGGUUAAUGUAUGGAUGCCUCUUUCCCAUCCUUACAAUGCACAUAUUAGGGAUAUGAUAGGCAUGAUAGUCAUACUGCAUGUUGUGGUUUUUGACGUGCAUGUUUGCAACAGUAAGGGCAUCUCCAACCGAAAAUCUCAUUUUUCACUCCAAAAUGUUGUGAAACUAAAAAAUGCUGUGAUUCAUCUCCAAUUGAAUUCCAUUUUGCCUCCUUUUGCGAAGUUAACGGUCGUUCUCUUCUUUCGCGUGUUUCUACGACAAGUUCGGUAGAGACAUAAAAAUGACGGAGAUGAACAGUGCAAUGCCAAUAUUGGUGUUCCACUAUUCACCAGCAAUCAAAUAGCGAAAGUUUUACCGUUUAGCUGGAGCUCGCGAGCAUCGCCAUUCGAGCGUUUGGAGUUCGGUUGGAGAUGCCCUAAGUCAUUGCUAACCCCAUAUUCAACUAAGCAAAACUGAGUAGGCUUGAAAUUAGCUUUCAUAGAAGUUAGAUACAUACAAGAUCCAUAUAGUUCUUUCAGAGAUUAUGAUAACAAGAUUUGGUUGUUUGCAGGAACUGUAGCAUCCGGGUAAAUUUUGGCGCUGACCAUACAAAUUCCACCCUUGUGAUCUUUUCAAUUUUAUACAUUUUUUAUUUUGAUUUAGUUGAAGUUUUAAUUUUUUUAGAUUAUUAAAUUUAAUUAUUUUAAAUUUUUAGAUUAAGUUUUAAUUUAAUUUGAAUUUACAUAUGAUUUAAGUUUUAUAUUCAUUUUUUAUAUUAAGUUUUGUAUUCAUCACAUUAGAAUCAUAGAAAUGGUCCUAAUGAGAUUGUCCACAUCAAAAUUAGAUGUCGUUUUGAGGGGUCUCAAAGCAAUUGUUCUUUUGAUGAUAAAUAUAUUAUAAUAUUAUGAUAAUUAUA